UUCCUACCGGAAGUGCUGAAGGGACUGUUUGGCGGUUUCUCUGGCUCUGCGCUGGCCGCAUUUCAGUGUGCGGAUUGCGGGUGUGCACGCGUGGAUUUAAUUCCAGCGUUACAGGGAUCGGUAGCGCGGACGGAGACGUGUUGCUAGUGUGUAUCCUGUGCGUCCCCGGUUGGAAGAUCUGUUUGCAGUUCUGUCCUCUUGUACCUAAUUAGAGGCAUCAUGGAGGCGCCGCCAGUCACCAUGAUGCCCGUCACGGGGGGCACCAUUAACAUGAUGGAGUACCUCCUGCAGGGAAGUGUUUUAGACCACAGUUUGGAAAGUCUCAUCCAUCGCCUCCGCGGCUUGUGUGACAACAUGGAGCCCGAGACCUUCCUUGAUCACGAGAUGGUCUUCCUGCUUAAGGGCCAGCAGGCCAGCCCAUUCGUCCUACGGGCCCGGCGCUCCAUGGACAGGGCAGGGGCACCCUGGCAUCUGCGAUACCUGGGACAGCCCGAGAUGGGAGACAAGAACCGCCACGCCCUGGUGCGCAACUGUGUGGACAUCGCCACGUCUGAGAACCUCACGGACUUCCUGAUGGAGAUGGGCUUCCGCAUGGACCAUGAGUUUGUCGCCAAAGGACAUCUGUUUCGGAAGGGCAUCAUGAAGAUUGUGGUGUACAAGAUUUUCCGAAUCCUGGUCCCAGGGAGCACAGACAGCACCGAGGCCCUGUCGCUCUCCUAUCUUGUGGAAUUAAGUGUUGUCGCCCCAGCUGGGCAGGACAUGGUCUCUGAUGACAUGAGGAACUUUGCAGAGCAGCUCAAACCUCUGGUUCACCUGGAAAAAAUAGACCCCAAAAGGCUGAUGUGAUGAAGAAAGUUUGUCCACCUUUGAGGCCUGUCCCCACCUGGGAGGAGAGAGACUUCGCAAGUACCCCAGAUACUGCUGCCAGCCGGGCCCACUGCCUUCCAGAAGAUGAUGGCGAGAAUUGGUUCCUUUGAAUGGUUUCCUUCACUUGGUAAUGUCUCUUUUUUCUUGCAACAGGGUUUUACCAUGGAAUUCACUACAUAAACUAGCUAGCCUGGAACUCCCUGUACUUGCCGCCUAAGUGCCUGUAAGGUCCUUAUUAAACCUGACCGUCCAUCUUCUUGAUGGGCUUUUCCAGUGAAAGACCAGGAUAAUAUGGAGAUUUGUUCAGGUCCUCCCUCCACUCCAAAAGAGGGGACCAGAGGAAAAGGUCAAAAAAUAACUCAUACAUAAUAUUUCUUUUUCUUUUUAAUUUUUCUUUCUUUCUUUUUUUUUUUUUAGAGAAGCAUUUUUUAUUCCUUUAUUUAUUUGUUUUCUUCAUAUGUUUUAAAUUGUGUUGUUUUGCCAUUGAUAUACAAGGUUUAUGAUGGUGGUGUGACCUGGCAUUGUGUGUUAAUAAAGACUG